AUGACGUCCGCACCCCUGUUUGAAGGGACACGUCAGUUAGAUUUCAGCCUAUCAUUGAAAGAGAGGCGUCCGCGGAAGCAUCGUAAACCCUCUCUCUGUCAGCCAAUCACCAUGCACAUCGGUACAUCUUUUGCCGCAUUUGUCACAUUUGACUGCAUAACACAUAUCGACGAGGACGGAUGGUUCUUCGUGACCCAUUGUUAUACUGAAGAGACAAGUGACAUUGGCCUGAGCUCGGAUCCUGACAUAUUUGGCCAUCUAGGCCAAAUCUACGCUCACAUGAGCAAAGAUAGGCAAAGAUACCUGUCUGAGCACGGUUCAGCCAUUACGCGUGCUCCUCAUGCCAAAUUGAUAUCCUCCUUCACUAAACUCCAAUGA